UUCACGAGGUUUGGUGGCAACUAACCAUUAGGUCCUCCAACACAAAUUUCAAAUCCCCGUUCUCUACUUCACACAACUGGCGCGAACCAAUGACCCGCCCACAAUUACCAUUCAAAUGAGUCACGAACAAAACGAAAAAAUGCAGAUCAACCGACUCUUUAUUCCACAAUUACCAUUCAAUUGACCCAUCCACAUUUGCCGUUAAAAAUGCGUCACGAACAAAACGAAAAACUGAUUUUAUUGAAAUUAAAGGUCAAAUUUUAGCUAUAUUUGGUAAAAAAUCGACACUGAGUGUACCCACCUGAUCCAGCGCAAUUAAUAUACUGAAAACUCCAUUGCCAUCUGCUUAACAAAAACCCAGCAAAGACUCCAGCAUUCCUUCGUAUGGCAUUCCGAAGAUUAACACUUUGCUGGGUUUUCCUCCUCUUUCUCCCAAACCCAGCAAAAACCCAGCUCGACCAAGAACUCUACUUCAACGGCUUCAAUGGUGUCGCCACCAGCAGCAACAUAAGCUUAAACGGCGUCGCAUCAAUCGAGCCCAACGGCAUGCUAAAGCUCACAAACGACACUCUCAGAGUCAUCGGCCACGCCUUCUACUCCGCCCCAUUUCGAUUCAAAAACUCCACCGACGGCAAAGCCUUUUCCUUCUCCACCUCCUUCGUCUUCACCAUCGUCCCUGAGUACCCAAAGCUCGGCGGCCACGGCCUUGCCUUCAUAAUCUCGCCGUCGAAAUCGCUCCCGGGAUCCCUGCCCAGCCAGUACCUCGGCAUCUUCAACGCCACCGUCGUCAGUAACUUGGCCAACCGCAUCUUCGCCGUCGAAUUCGACACCGUCCAGUGCUUCGAAUUCGGGGACAUCAACGACUACCAUGUCGGAAUCGAUAUCAACAGCCUGGCCUCCAACAAAUCAACCCCGGCCGGGUAUUUCACCGGUGGAAAUUCGACGAAAGAGGACCUCAAUCUCAAGAGUGGGCUGCCGAUCCAGGCCUGGGUCGAUUACGAUUCGUUGAAAAAUCAGGUCACUGUCAUGCUUUCACCGCAUUCGAUCAAACCCAGAUCCCCGAUUUUAACAUUCGAUGUCGAUCUUUCUCCAAUUUUGGAAGAUUUUAUGUACAUUGGGUUCUCUGCUUCGACCGGGUUGCUCGCCAGCUCCCAGUACGUCUCCGGUUGGAGCUUUAAGAUGAACGGAGAAGCCAAGUCUCUGGAUUUAGAAGCUUUGCCUAAACUUCCCGGCCCGAAAAAGAAGCAAUCGUCAGUGUUGAUCAUUGGCGUUUCUGUUUCCGUUAUUGUUUUUUUUAUCUUGGCCGUCGGAUUGGGGCUCUACAUUGUUCAGAGGAUCAACAACGCGGAGGUGAUCGAGCCGUGGGAGCUCGACAUUGGGCCCCAUAUAUUCAGAUACAGCGAGCUCAAGCAGGCCACCAGAGGGUUCAGGGAUAAAGAGAUGAUCGGGUUUGGUGGAUCUGGUAAGGUUUACAAAGGGACAUUGCCGAAUUCAGAAACCCAAGUGGCGGUUAAGCGAAUUUCGAACGAGUCGGGGCAGGGUCUGCAGGAAUUCGCGUCGGAAAUUGCCACCAUUGGCCGUCUCAGGCACAGGAAUUUAGUGCAGUUGUUGGGGUGGUGUCGCCGGCGCGGAGAUUUGUUGCUUGUGUAUGAUUUUAUGCCUAAUGGGAGCUUAGAUAAGUACUUAUUUGAGAGGCCAAAAGCAAUUUUGAGCUGGGAACAGAGGUUCAAGAUAGCUCAAAAUGUAGCUUCUGGCUUAUUGUAUUUGCAUGAAGGUUGGGAGCAAACUGUGAUUCAUAGGGACAUAAAAGCAGGAAACGUGCUUUUGGAUUCUGAGAUGAAUGGAAGGCUUGGAGAUUUCGGUCUUGCUAAAUUGUAUGAGCAUGGAGCAAACCCUACAACAACUAGGGUUGUUGGGACACUGGGUUACCUUGCUCCCGAGUUGACUUGGACCGGAAAACCGACUCCGAGCUCGGAUGUGUUUGCUCUUGGUGCUCUGCUGCUGGAGCUGGUGUGUGGGAGGAGACCCAUUGAGCCAAAAGCCCUGCUGGAGGAGCUGAUAUUGGUUGAUUGGGUUUGGGAGAAGUGGAAGGCUGGUGCAAUUCUUGAAGUUGUGGACCCCAGAUUGGGGGCCGAGUUUGAUGAUCUGGAGGCUGUGGUGGUGCUGAAGCUAGGGCUGAUGUGCUCAAAUAAUACCCCCAAGGCAAGGCCCACAAUGAGGCAGGUGGUGAGGUACUUGGAGGGUGAGGCAGCGCUGCCGGAUGGAGUGGCGUCUCCCGGGGCUUAUGAUGGGAAGAAGGGUGGUGAGUUUGAGGAUUAUGUGCAUUCGUAUCCCACAUCAUCAGGUUGUGAGAAGGCAACUGCUUGGCCUUGUGAUGAUGCGGAUGUUGAUUUUGAAGGCGGUUCUAGGUCACCUCCUUCAGUAUCUGGUAGUCGUAGUCGUAGAUAUGGUAGUGUCAGGUACCCAAGCUAGCGGGGAUUCUAGCGUGUAAUGGGGGAUUUAUCUGCCCUGUCUCUUUCCCUCACAUCAAGUCAGAGAUGGAGACAGGAUGGAAGAUUCCCAGCUACGCUCAAGUUUUUUCUAUGUAGCAGUAACAAUCCCCUCUUUUUCCCUUUUGUAUUUUGCUUGUUUCUCUUUCUUUUGUAUGAUUAUAGUUGUGUUAGUAUUUUUGCGUUGAUGUACGUGAACUUGAUUUUUGUGACA